AGCAAUGCAUAGGAAAUUCUUAUCGUGGUAUCCUCGAUCCUCCGGUUCGCUAUAAUUACCUGUGCGUGUAUUUGUGCAGCCCGAGCUCGACUUAAUCGCCGGAGUUUGCGUGUCCUCCAUGUCACCGAUGUCCCCGUACAGUAAGUCGAAAGACAUGGUCCCCCGACUUAGAAAUACACGGCUUCUAGUAUUUCGCUACCUUUCGCGCAAGAUAGAUCAAAAGGGUUGCGAUACAAAUUUUAUUCCACUGAAAAAAAAAAAAAUAAAAUAGUUGGAUUAAAAGUAAACUCAACAUUCUUUAAAAAUGAUGCGUCGAAAGAGGGGCGGUUUAAAGUCUUCGCGGAAAAUGGCAAAGAAAGCAAUACCGGCGGCAUUGCAGACUGAAAUUUCUAACAACGACGAGUGGGAGAAGCUUCUCAAAAGAGCUGGUUUAAUAGUGGUCGACGUCUAUUCAGAAUGGAGCGGGCCAUGUACAGGAAUGGUAAGCAUCUUAAAGAAAAUCAAAAUGGAGAUCGGAGGAGACGCGUUAAGCUACGCUACGGCAAAGUGCGAUAACAUCACAGAUUUAGAACGUUUCCAAGGGAAAAGUGAACCAACAUGGAUGUUCAUUCACAAUGGCCGAAUGGUGAACCUUAUGUUCGGCGCGCAAUGCCCACAAUUGUUGCAAAUGUUAACAACAGAAUUACACCGAGUACAAAAUGGCGAAGAACACGAGUUUUGUAUAGAUGUGUCUGAAAGAAGUCCGGAAGAAAUAACACAAUUAAAAAUCAUCGAAGAAUCUAGAAUAGCUAAAGAAGCGGCAAAAAAGGCUCGAAAAGAAGCUGAGGCUAUAGCACGAUAUGAAGCGGAAAUGUUGCACCUGACCACUUCAUUGAACAACGAAAAUUGUCUUUUACUUUACCCAUGGAUUUUCAAAGAUGAAGAAGGUCAUAAAAGAGACAAAAAAUCGAGCCCACCGUACAUAGAAUUAGUCGAAGAAAUUUUACCAGGGAAUUUCAUUGUCGAACAAGAAAUACGGAAACGACUUAACGAGGAUAUUCUCACCACCCUCUUCAAUGAAUCCGAUUAUGUAUUGCCAGCGAAUUUUAAACAACACCUUUUAGAUGGUAAAUGUAUGUUCAUGAGAUUGAAAGUGAACGAAGAAAAACCGGAUGUUGAUAUCCACAAGUACUUGUUGAAUCUUUUAUUUGGAGAACCGGAACUUCCUGACGCGGAAAAGUCUCUCAGUGAAGAAUGUUUUGCUGGACGUCACCGACCCGCCUACGCGACAACCGAAAACGAAGUUUUUCCUGUUGUGUGGUCACCCCCGAACUCUAGAAACAAGGCAAUUGUUUUUCGCACGAUCUUCCCCGUACACACAAACAAGACAUAUCCGUAUGAAGAUAAAACUGCAAAAUUGCCCAUAGUAGUGUUCAAAUAUGAUUACACGAAGAAAAACGAUCUAAAGGUUGUUUUGGAAGAAUUUGAGGACGAAAUAAUUAAUUUCGGUAUUUUUGAAUCCGACAAACCGCCAGAAGCAAAAAUCAUAGCGAAGAGUAUUGACGAGUUCGAAUUAAACACGCGAGAAAGAACGGGGUAUGAAACAUUUGUAUGCGUUGUAAAAAAAGUAGGAUGCGAGACAUUUUUAGGAUUUGCCGGUAUCGGACCAUAUCACGUAAGUGAAAAUCCAGAAAAAGGUAUAGAGGAAUCGAACUUAUAUUUUCCGGAUAUUACUGCUUCGGAAGAAACGCAAUCUGAUGACGAGGAAAAGCCGAAAGAGAUAAUAGAAAAUCUUGAUGAAAGCCAAAAUGCGGCAACAUCAACUACAAAUACAAACUAGUACCUC